AUGGUCGUGAUCAAGUCUUGUCCCGUCGCCCUUGAUUGGGACAUAAGGCUUGAUGAAGUCAUCCCGAGGGAUCAGGAGCACUCGCAACUGCAGUUACGAUCUCUCCAGUGGAGUCCAGAAUACGACUCAGAAUUGUGGGAUAUGGAAGGCCUGAGAAGAUUACGCCUAGUCCUUGCAUCAGAGGCUUUCAUUGCUCCUGAUCAACCAGAGAAGUCCAAUCCUGCUUGGCUAACAAGAAACGCCUCAUCACUGCUUCUGGGUCAGACGUCCUGGAGUUGGAUCCCGGCUUGCGGUGAUCCCGACUUCUCCUCCACCGUCCGUGAAGCUGUUAUCGAUCGUAGAGCAACUCAACCUAUUGACUUCGUUGAAGUACAAUAUCGACCUAGCACUAGGUCACCUCGCGCUAUCGAUGAUGUGAACUCAGAGAAGGGAAAGGACAAGCUCAGCAUUACUGACAUAGACGUGGAGUAG